GGAAUUCCCCCUAAGGGUUUCGGGAGACGAACAUCAAUCCGCUGCUGAAAAACGAAUUCCUUUGAUUCAAGUUCAAUCGUAAUCCGGCCAAACCAACCAGCUUAGCUUAAUUUGCUUGAAGGAGAAGAUAGGCAAGAGCGAAUUGAUAUGGCAGGAGGGAACUCGAAAGGGUCGAAGAAAACCCCCAAGAUUACGAGCCAUAGUGAUGUUUCAAGUUUCAAAGGAGCCGACAGGCUGAGCGAUCUCCCUGACGACAUCUUGCCUCACAUUCUGUCAGCUCUCGAUACGAAAUCC